GGGGCGCAGCGUGGGAAAGGGAUGGUUGAGUUUUAACCGGAGGCUGAGCGCGAGCGGCAUCAGUGUGCUCGGGACGCCAGCAGCCCAGCGCGGAGAGGCGCCGCUGCUCUUAACUCCUCCCUGCCCGCCGCGCCGACCCGCCCCGGAGCCCCCGCGCAGCCAGCAUGAAGCGCGCCCACCCCGAGUACAGCUCCUCGGACAGCGAGCUGGACGAGACCAUCGAGGUGGAAAAGGAGAGUGCGGACGAGAAUGGAAACUUGAGUUCGGCUCUAGGUUCGAUGUCCCCGACUACGUCUUCACAGAUCUUGGCCAGGAAAAGACGGAGAGGCAUCAUUGAGAAACGCCGACGAGACCGGAUCAAUAACAGUUUGUCGGAAUUGAGGCGGCUGGUACCCAGUGCUUUUGAGAAGCAGGUAAUGGAGAAAGGGUCGGCUAAGCUGGAAAAAGCCGAGAUCCUGCAGAUGACUGUGGAUCACCUGAAAAUGCUGCAUACUGCGGGAGGAAAAGGCUAUUUUGACGCGCAUGCCCUUGCUAUGGACUAUCGGAGUUUGGGGUUUCGGGAAUGUCUGGCAGAAGUUGCCCGUUACCUGAGCAUCAUUGAAGGACUAGACGCCUCUGACCCGCUUCGAGUUCGACUGGUCUCGCAUCUUAACAACUACGCCUCCCAGCGGGAAGCUGCGACCGGCGCCCACGCAGGCCUUGGACACAUUCCCUGGGGGGGCGCUUUCGGACAUCACCCGCACGUCGCGCACCCCCUGUUGCUGCCCCAGAACGGCCACGGGAACACUGGCACCGCAGCCUCCCCUACGGAACCACACCACCAGGGCAGGUUGGCCUCCGCACAUCCGGAGGCGCCCGGCUUGCGAGCGCCCCCUAGCGGCGGCCUUGGACCGGUGCUCCCUGUGGUCACCUCUGCCUCCAAACUCUCGCAGCCCUUGCUCUCCUCCGUGGCCUCCCUGUCAGCCUUCCCCUUCUCUUUGGGCUCCUUCCACUUACUCACUCCCAAUGCACUGAGCCCUUCGGCACCCACGCAGGCAGCAAACCUUGGCAAGCCCUAUAGACCUUGGGGGACGGAGAUUGGAGCUUUUUAAAGAACUGAUGCUGUAGGAUGAGGGAGGGGGAAGUAUAAAUCCCAGCUGAGCUGGGCUGUUGCCAACAUCACCUUAAGGUCGUCAGUAAAAGGAAAAAGGAAAAAGGUACACUUGCAGAUAAAUCUUGUUUAAGGACUAAAGGUUUGUUGGUUUAAUUUUUCUUUUUUAAUUUUUUUUAUCGUGUUAUGUACCAGCAGUUUAAAAAAAAAGUAGUUGUUGAGUUCUGUUUCUGACAUUAAUUUGCAAUAGCGAGUAUAAACCAACACUGGAUGAUAGGUUUGUACUGUGCCUAAUUUACUUUGUAAACCUAUCUGUCUAGGAAUGAUUCCAUUUUUUGCCUCAAAGUUUUGGGAGUUUUAACAAUUAGUAUUUUUGGUCAGUUUUUCUUGUGUAGUUACAGUCUGUUUUUAGAAUUAAUUUUCCAAGCCACUAUGGUCAAUGUUAACAUGAUGCUGUUUGUUAAUAUUUUGAUAAUUAAGGUGUUGUAUAAAUAAUAUUCUUUUUGGGGGUGGGGAACUAUAUGGAAUUUUAUAUUUCUGAACAAAGCGUUGACAAAUCAGAUGAUCAGCUUUAUCCAAGAAAAAAGACUAGUUAAAUCGCAGCGUCCUACUUCGCUAAGGUGGAUAUUGAAGCCAUCAUGGGUCCUGAUUCCAUGUUGACUCUCUGCUGUCUUGUGCCAGGUCCUACAAUUCUGGCUUGAGCCAGGAAAGAGCCACUUGUAGGUUAGGUCCCCAUUUGGAGUUGGUGGGGAGGAGACACUGAAGAUGAUCGUAUACAUUAUGCCUGCGCUUAUCAACCCCAAGCAAUGAAAGGAAAUUCUUAUCUCAUGGAUCUCAAAUUCAUAUAUGUUAACAUUGGAUACGUGAUCAUGGAGUGCAAGUGAUCAACCCAAUAGUCCAGUGGAACCUGUUAAAUGCAUCACCUAAUUCUUCUUGGAACUGUUCGUUUUCCUUUAACUGGAAAUUUUUAUGCUGUGUUUUCUGUUUUGGUGCAUGGCAGCGUGGUUGCUGAGAUAUUUAAAAGAUAUUUCUCUUUUUUGGUUCUUUUGAUUUGAUUUGGGCUCUAAAAGCAUCAUUUUACAGCUUUAUUUCUUUAGCAGGUGUAGUUUAAAUGACCUCCACUGAAUUGGGUUUGACCUCCAUUGUACUGGUGUGCUGUGACUAAAUAAAAAGAAAGAACAAA